GUCACACCACCAUCUCUAUGUGCCAUUCGAUUUGGUCAUUUACACAAAUCAUACUUUAGUUUAGAGAAAAAAAGAGAGCAUAAUAAUCAGACUUGAUGCAUAAUCGAAAGCUCUUCCACAUCCAUCCUCACUUCUCUCUCAAUCCCAACUACAACCACCGAUUCUCAUAAGCAAUCACGACCUGUGUUUUGAUUUUGAAACAUUCUAAUCAUAUUAGCAGAUACAAAUUUGCUAAACUUGUUGUCUUUUUUCUCUCUCUAAACUACCGAUCUAACAUACAGGAAAUGAAUACCCUCUCUUCCUCCCACAAACGUCGUUACUUUCUCUCUCUAAAAAGCCUCCUCCUCCGAACCCCCAUAAACCCUAAUCAUAAUUCUCCAAGAGUUCACAAUUACAGACUCUUCUCCGAUCAAUCAUGGCUCUCCAUCCCCGGUAACCCCCUCAUCAAGUGGCCCCAACUGCCCAACCCCAACCCCAACCCCGAACCCCAUUGCUCUCCACCUCCCUCUUCCUCCUCGCAACCUCCCCAAAACCCUAACCCUAAUCCUAAUUUUAGUGAUAAUGACUUCUCCACCAUUCGUGACCUUAUCAAAAAUCCUAGCCUCGCACCUGGUCCAGCUCUCGAAACGGCAUUGGACAGGACUGGAAUCGAACCGGGUUCAGCUCUGUUAGAAGCAGUUUUUGACCAUUUCGAUUCGUCUCCAAAACCCUUGUACAGUCUUUUCCUCUGGGCCGAGAAGCAACCCGGAUACAGAUCCUCCGUGACCCUAUUCAAUUCCAUGAUCAAUGUCCUUGCCAAGGCAAGAGAGUUCGAUUCUGCUUGGUCUCUGUUGCUCGAUCGGCUUGGCGUCAAUGAGGGACCUAAUAUGGAUACAUUUGUAAUUCUCAUUAGACGGUAUGCUCGUGCAGGUAUGCCUCUACCUGCAUUUAGGACGUUUGAAUUUGCAUGUACUUUAAGCUCGAUUUGUUGUUCAGAUUCAAAACUGAGUUUGUUUGAAAUUUUAUUGGACUCCCUUUGUAAGGAGAGGCAAGUUAGGGUUGCUUCUGAAUAUUUUGAUAAGAAAAGGGGUUCUGAACAAACUUGGAUUCCUUCUGUUCGGGUUUAUAAUAUACUGUUGAAUGGCUGGUUUAGGUCAAGAAAGCUUAAACAUGCAGAACGACUUUGGUUGGAAAUGAAAAAGGAAAAUGUGAAACCUAGUGUUGUAACUUAUGGUACCCUUGUUGAAGGGUAUUGUCGAAUGCGUCGUGUUGAGAUGGCAAUUGAAUUGGUGGGGGAGAUGAAGAGAGAUGGAAUUGAACCCAAUGCAAUUGUGUAUAAUCCAAUAAUUGAUGCAUUAGCAGAAGCCGGAAGGUUUAAAGAGGCAUCAGGGAUGAUGGAACGUUUUUCAGUUUUGGAAUCAGGUCCCACUAUUUCUACCUAUAAUUCUCUAGUGAAGGGUUUCUGCAAGGCUGGGGAUCUUGUUGGGGCUAGUAAGAUCCUUAAGAUGAUGAUCAGUAGAGGGUUUAUUCCUACUCCUACAACUUACAAUUACUUCUUUAGGUACUUCUCAAAGUUUGGGAAGAUUGAAGAGGGAAUGAAUCUAUAUACCAAGAUGAUCGAAUCUGGAUACACUCCUGAUCGGCUCACUUACCAUCUAUUAAUAAAGAUGCUAUGUGAGCAGGAGAGAUUGGACAUAGCAUUGCAAGUUAGCAAGGAAAUGAGAGCCAGGGGAUGUGAUUUGGACUUGGCUUCAAGCACCAUGUUGAUCCAUUUGCUGAGUGAAAGGCAUAGAUUUGAAGAGGCUUUUGGAGUGUUUGAGGACAUGAUCCGGAGGGGAAUUGUUCCUCAGUACCUUACAUAUCAGAGAAUGAAUGAUGAGCUAAAGAAACAGGGAAUGAAUGAAAUGGUUCGAAAAUUAAGGGAUAUGAUGGCUCGUGUCCCUCACUCAACAAAGUUGCCAGAUACAUAUUGUGUAGAUAGAGAUAAAUCACGUGCAAGGAGAACAUCUAUAAUUAGUAGAGCGGAAGUUAUGUCAAAUAUUAUAAAGACAUGUAAAGAUCCAAGGGAGCUUGUGAAGCGUAGAAGUGAACCUGAGACUUCUGUAUCAAGUGCAAAUCGGUUAAUAGAGAAAAUCAGGAGAAGAAAUAACUCAACAUGAAGCUCUGGAAUUUUGAAAUUUGUGACCAACUUAGAGUAUGCUGCUCUCAGAUUUGAGCUUUGUGUCCCAACACUUUAUCAAUCCGGGCUUUUACCAUUACACGAAGCAUUGACCACUAGAUCUCUCACACAGAGUUGAAUGCAUGCUUAUGUGGCAGAAGGUACAUUACGUGUGUUUUGAUGCAGUGAUGUAUGAGUAUCCGAGAAAGGGUUAGGUCAAGCGGAUUUUUGGUCUGAGAGAACCACAUCAAUGCAUGGAUUCAAAUAAGGAUGUUCUGAUUUGAAUUGAGGCACACUGUGACUGAGUGCUUAUGGGAAAAGAUGAUUGUUUGACGCAAAACUGGAAGACUCGAAAUCAGACAUCCAUAAAAGAUAUUUCUUCUCUCCUUUCUCUAAAAACCAAAUCCAAGUCAUAGUGAUUUAACCCAAUUGUUCGUGGUCAAGUUGGCCUAGUAAGUUCCGGUCUGAACCCAAGUGUUCUAAGGUUCAAGUCUAGUGCAUAGGAUCAAAAGAGAGAUGGUUUGCUGUUCUAUUGGUGUGUCAUGUUGCUACAGUCAAAAGGAGACCAUUGUAUUAUGAGAGAAUCUAGCAGGGAGAAUUUUGUCUUAUGGACAUAGUAUCAAAUACUAGUCUCAGUCCACUAGGUGCUUUUAUAUUUGUUUUAUUUGUAUUAAUAUUGUUUUAUAUAUACUAGCAUAGUGAAAUAAUAGUUUUAAAUUAAA